CGGAAUUCCCGAUAAAGAAGAAUUUAUGAACGACUCUCUUUAUCGGAAAAAAACAUAGAAGAAAAUGGCUCUGCAUCGAUAUUUGAGAGUGAGAAUUUUAAAUAUUCAAAGAAGUAGUAGAUGUUGGAGUGGAAAUGGAUUAACUGCUCGCGAUGAAUUCAUUAAAGAAGAGAAAGGGAUGAGAGUCGAAAUAGAAAAAGUCAUUUUGAAAAACACGGAAAUCUCGCAAACCCAUUUGACACCUGAAUUAAAACUGCACCUGUUGACACCGAACUGUCCCCUGUACCAUGCAAGCGCAGAAACGAUCCAAUCAACUAAUGCAAAUGGAGCCGUGGAAAAAACAUUCUUUCAAGAUCCAUUUUGGUCCAUAUAUUGGCCGGGAGGACAAGUUUUAACGAGAUUCAUUUUAGACAUGGGAAUAAAACUUUUGUCCAACAAAUUCAACAAGAAUUCGCGCGUUCUAGAUCUUGGCAGUGGAUGUGGAGCUUCCGCUAUUGCCGCAAAACUUGUCGGAGCGAGACAAGUUCUUGCAAACGACAUCGAUCCAGUCGCCUGCGUAGCGAUACUAAUGAACGCCAAAUUGAACAACGUGGACCUACGAGUUUCCAAGGAAAACCUAAUUGAGGGAAAACUAAACGAGCUCUUCAAUGUAAUUCUCAUAGGAGACUUGUUGUACGACGAGAAAAUUGCCGAGAAACUCAUUCCGUGGCUCGAAAGGUCAUUGAGGGCAGGAUCUCAAAUUUAUAUUGGAGAUCCAGGAAGACACGCUCUCAACCAAGAUUUAAAGAAGAGAAUGUCACCAAUUUGUAAGUAUGACCUACCGGAAAAUGUCAGAAGGGAAAAUUAUGGAUUCAAUUCAGCCACCGUUUGGCGUUUCAUUUCGAAAUAGUUGAUUGAAAAAAAAAAAAAAUCGGGGGAGAAAAAAUCAAUUUUUUUUUUUUUUUAUUUUCCCCGUCAAAAUUCAUAUGACGAUCUAUUCAUACCAAAUCAUACUCUGUCAAUGCCAUUCUGACAUAGGUACACGAGACGCUUAAGUUAUUGACUUAUUCUCGUGCCGGAAUUUCACCAACUGACUUUAUCGACAGUCUGUGAUUGACUAUCAAAUUCAUUGCAUCUGCAUUUGAAUAUCAAUGAAAUAUUUUACACUAUUUUUCCUUUUUCCUUUUUUUUUUUUACAAUUUUUUGACUUUUAUUAAUCGCGUGUUUGUGUUUUCGAACGUGUAACAAAAGUUUGCAUAGAUCUCAAUAACUAAACCAGGGUUGCCACUGGUCAGGGAAAUCGGGAAAAAGUCAGGGAUUUUUAUUAAAAGUACAGGGAAAAAAUUUUAUUUUUAGAAUUCAUAAGAAAAUUCUGAAUUUUUGAGUCCUUUUUGUUUUUUUUAUUUAUUUAUUUAAGUAGUAAAUGUUUUUGACUCAUAAACUAUGAAAUAACCACGAAUUUUAACACAAAACCUUUUUUUCUAUUUUUUCUAUUUCUAAUAAUAAUUUCUUUCUAAAUAACUUAAUUCUUCAAGA